UCAGUUACUUUAUACCUUCAGAGAAUACAAUAUAUAUAUAAUACAGUUCAACAGAACAUGGUCUACACUCAUUCUAAAUGCAAGGUGGUAUUUGGCAUAUUAGUGCUCAGCAUUAUACUCUUUUUAGCCAUGGCUCGGCCCCGUUCUUCGGAUCAUACAAUUUCAUGGAAGCAUAAUCAACCUGGAUUAAUUCAAAUUAACGCUCACUUGAAUACCAGUAAAACAAAGAAGAAACAAUCUUAUGGACCAAACCCGGAUAAAAAUAGGAGCAAUGCAACAGCCAAUGCAACAACUCAACAAGGAGUUACCAAGCAAGGAACUUCCACAAAAUUCAAAAGGAAAGCAGUCGUUAUCUUUUCUGCAAUGAGAACUGGUUCAACGUUUUUUGGCGAAUUUUUUAACCGAAAUCCCGAAAUUUAUUAUCUUUUUGAACCAUUGCAUGGUUUAUCUGAAAUGAACAUGGCGAAUACUAGAAAACUUCUUCUGGGGGACUUACUGCGUUGUGAUUACCGCAUUGCACCAAAGAUUUACUCGCACGGAUGUAGAGGUUGGAUAAAUUGUAAGAGUAAUAUAUGCUUUGCCGCCAGAAGUCAAUUCUUGCUUCGAAAUUCGAAACUAUGUUCUAAUACAUCUAACAAGUGUAAUGAAUAUUUUGAUCCAAGAAAGCUUGCUAAAAUCUGUCGACAGAGCUCAUACACAGCAAUAAAAGUCGUUCGCAUGAACAGUUUAGGAGAAUUUGAGGAACUGAUGACAGAACCCAAUAUUGAUUUGAAAGUCAUUCAACUUGUACGGGACCCAAGAGCUGUCGUUCUUUCUCAGCUAAAAAUGGAACACUCAUCAAAUUUGACUGAAUAUGCAGAAAAUCUGUGUACAUUCUAUCAUGAGAAUUUUCUUUAUACGAAAGCGUGCAUUAUGAGCAUGUACAACAAAAGCAAUCAUGAAAAUAAAGCUUAUAAAUGCAAUGAUACGGUUAAGCACUUAUGGAAGGGUAGAUUCCUGAGACUAUCUCACGAAUAUGUCAGUGAACAACCAGUUGACGCUUUACGAACCGUAGAAAAAUUCGUUGGAAUAAAUCAUAAUUCCGAAGUUGAAACUUGGCUUCGUAAGAACACACAUCAAAGUACCAAAGUUAUAAAAUUAAACAAGGCGGGAAUGCCUCAAAAUUUUUUUGGAACAUCAAGAGAUUCAAAGCAAGUUUUGACAAAAUGGCGAAAACAAGACUUUGCAGUCAUUGAUGGUAUACAAAACGUUUGCAGAAGCGCCAUGACUGAACUCGGUUACAUUGCGAUAAACACGGAUGCCCAACUUGGUAAUUUAUCCUUAUCAACUUACAACUUCGAAAAGCUGUUAAUAUUACCUAACAAUUUCCGAACUUGAGUGCAUAUAUGAAAAAACUUCUGUGAAUGAAGAGCAUUCAUAAAAUAAUACAGUGACGUUCAAAUAAAUGGACUGGAAAAAUGAGACUGUUGUUACACUUUCGACGAACCUGUCAGGACUUGAAGAAGUCGACUCGGGGAAAACCGAUGAGUAUGAUAUGGCAAAUUGUGAAAUGCGGAGUUGAAUGCUGGCAACAGAGAGCCCGGAAUAACUUUAUGGGAGAAAUUUUUAGACAAUGAUGUGUCAUCAACAACAAUUAAGCGAGAAUAUCGGUCGGAGACCGAAGACUUAUCGAUCGAAACUGCGGUUUCGUUUCAUGACUCUAUAGUGACACCGCGUAUCCCAUCACUAAUUAAUUAAUAACUUGCUAAU